CAGCGCACGAUCCCUCGAGGGCAUCAUCGUCUAUUGUGAAUUGGCUGGUGGCGCUGCCUGGGCGCGCCAAAGGCGUCGACCUGAAGGCCAGCGAGGCACCGAACGAAGUGAGCGAAGCGACGUGUGCUGAGGGAGAGAAGCGAAAUUGUGAAUGUGUUCCAGCGUUUUGCCAAGUUCCAUUCGUCAACGAUUCUGAGUUCGCUUCAUUAAAUGAUUCGUUCUCUAAACAGAGACUGAGAGGUUCAUUCAUUUAGUAGUAACCUCGUCGCAGUUGAUGCAUCAUCAUUAUCCACAUGGUUCUUCCCCAUAGUCAACGCGUUUCGUUGCGCUGCUGCAUUACAAUCAAGCCACGACUACGUCAACAAAAUCGGAUGUGAUCGAUGUUGUCAGAUCACAAGUGAUCAGCUCAUCUGAUCCAACUUUAACAACUGAUCAGACGCAUCAAGCGAUUUCGGCGAUUUCGGAUUUCAUUUCAACCAGUUUUAACCGCAGCAAAUGGUCAUAGUUUGUGCUGCGCUCAGACACAGUUGUUGUCUGUGAGUGCUUCAUCGAAAAUAGAUUGUGUUUACGCAAUUUUUGGAAUUCUCGCGAAUGGU